AUGACCUUAUUACAACAAUUCCAACUUUCUGCUUCCCCACACUCUCCACCUCUCUUGGCUUUUGCUAACUUUGCUGACUUUGGAGCUACUGAUCAUAUGACUUCCAUUAAGAGUUUACUUUUUGAUAUUAUCACUCUUCCCAUUCCUUAUCUUGUGUCUCUCCCAAAUGGGCAUAAAGUAAAAGUCACCAAUGUUGGCUCUUUAGCUUUAUUCCCUGAUUUAAUCCUUCAUAAUAUUCUUUACAUUCCCAGUUUCAAACAUAAUCUCAUAUCUGUUCAGAAACUUUUAAAUCAUUGUGAUGAUGUUGUUCAGUUUACCGAGUCUGCUUGCACUUUCCAGGGCCCUUCAGUGAAGAAGCCAUUGGUGCUUGGUAGACUGGACACUGGACUUUACAAGCUAUUUCAGCAUGUGACUUCACCUAUUGACUCUGCUCAUGUAAACUCUUGUUCUUCAGUUGUUUCUUCUUUACAUGUUUCUUCCUUACCUGUAGUUUCUAAUGCAACUGCUGCCAAUGACAAUUCAUCUAUAAAUACCAUGGCUGCUUCAAAUAAACUUAUUCACAUAGAUACUUGGGGUCCUUACUCCACUCCUACUCACUCUGGUGCUAAGUGUUUCCUUACUAUAGUAUAUGACUACACUAGAGCUACCUGGACACACCUAAUGGGGGCAAAAAGCAAUGCUUUUGACCUAUUGAAGGCCUUCAUUUCCAUGGUUGGAACACAAUUUCAAACUAGAGUCCAGACUGUGAGGAGUGACAAUGCUUUAAAGCUAGGUUCUUCUUCUUCUUCUGAUGUAAUUUUCCAUGAACACAUUUUUCCUUUUCUUAAACAUUCUCCUUCACCAUCCCCCGUCUUGCCUUCUCUUCUCAUUCCUGGUCACUUUUCUGAUGAUUCAUCAUCUUCUAUACCUACUUCUAUCCCUGGUCCUUCUUCCCCACUUGUUCUUCUUGAACAUAUCUCUCAUGAUUCAACUUCCUCUCUAUCUCCUUCUGUUACUAUACCUUCCCCUUCUCCUUUCACCCCUGACCUUUCUUCUGAUGCUUCACCUUCUUCUUUAUCCUCUCCUGUUCCUGCUUCUUCUGCUCCAUCAUCUGAUCCUCCUCCUCUUAGAAGGUCUAGUAGGCCUCAUACUGUCCCUGCUUAUCUUCAGGACUUUGCUGCUGCUAUCCCUGAGUGGCAGGAGGCUAUGAGAAAGGAGUUUGAGGCUUUGGAGGCUAAUAGAACUUGGGACAUUGUUGAGUUACCCCCUGGAGAGCUUGAUCUUAAUAAUGCCUUUUUACAUGGGGAUCUUGAUGGAAAGGUUUUCAUGAAAGUGCCUCCUGGUUUAUCUGUUUCUCCCUCUUUUUCUUCUUCUCCUCCUUUAGUUUGUAAACUACUCAAGUCCCUCUAUGGUUUGAGACAGGUUUCUAGACAAUGGUAUGCAAAAUUGUCUCAAGCUCUUUGUUCUAGAGGAUAUUCUCAUUCUUUAAAUGACUACUCCCUAUUCACCAGGGGUUCUGGUUCUUCCUUGGUCAUUUUAGCCGUGUAUGUGGAUGACGUUAUUCUUACCGGCACUGAUCUGUCUGAGAUUUCAUCUUUAAAGGGCUUUCUACAUUACCAGUUCAGGAUUAAAGACCUUAGUUAUCUUAAUUAUUUUCUGAGAAUUGAGGUUCUCUACUGUGAUUCUAGCGUUCUUCUUCAUCAAAAGAAGUUUAUUCAUGACUUGUUAGAGUCGUUUGCCUCUUCUGCCUCUUCUAUUGUUGUUUGUCCUCUUACUCUCAAUGAGAAAUUGAAGGCUUCUGUUGGUGAUCCUUUGCCCAAGCCUGAAGAAUAUAGAUGCUUAGUAGGCAAGUUAAAUUUUUUAACCCACACACGGCCUGAUAUCAGUUUUGCAGUCCAGCACCUUAGCCAGUUCCUGCAAGCCCCUCGCGUUCCUCAUAUGCAGGCUGCUUCACAUCUCUUGCGCUAUUUUAAAGGGACUUCUGAUUUUGGGUUAUUCUUCAGUCAUUCUCCUAACUUUGCAUUAAGAGCAUAUUGUGAUAGUGAUUGGGCUUCUUGUGCUGAUAGUAGAAGGUCUGUCACUGGUUUUUGUGCCUUUCUGGGAGACUGUUUGGUGAGUUGGAAAUCUAAGAAACAGCCUGUGGUCUCUCUUUCUUCUGCUGAAGCUGAAUACAGGGCCAUGAGUAAAGCAGCAGUUGAAGUUACUUGUCUUUCCAGAUUAUUAUAUGAUUUUGGUAUUCCUUCUUCUUCUUCUCCUGUUUCUUUAUACUGUGAUAACCAGGUAGCUUUGCAUAUUGCUCGCAAUCCAGUUUUUCAUGAACGGACCAAACAUAUAGAGUUGGACUGUCAUUUUGUCCGAAGCAAGAUUGGUGAUGGGCUGAUUAGCUUGGCACAUGUUUCUAGUUAUGCUCAAGUUGCUGACAUUCUUACCAAAGCACUUCUUGGUCCUGCUCAUCAUUAUCAUCUUUGCAAGUUGCGAGUUUUAUCACCCUCCAACUUGAUGGGGACUGUUAGAAUAUUAGACAAAGGCUGA